CCAGAACCACGGAAACAAUUGUGCUCUCAGGAUGAUUUCAUUCAGGCAAGCAGCUUAUUUCAUUUGCUUAUUUGCUACAGUUUCCUGCGGAUGCCUGACUCAACUGUAUGAAAAUACCUUCUUCAGAGGUGGGGAUGUAACCGCCAUGUACACCCCAAGCGCCCAACACUGUCAGAUGAUGUGCACGUUCCAUCCUAGCUGUUUGCUGUUUAGUUUUCUUCCUGAAAAUUCAGCCAAUGACAUAGACAAAAGGUUUGGUUGCUUUUUGAAAGACAGUGUUACAGGAACGCUGCCGAGAGUGUCACGGAGAAGUGCAAUUUCUGGACAUUCCUUAAAGCAAUGUGGUCAUCAAAUAAGCGCUUGCCACCAAGACAUUUAUAAAGGAAUUGAUAUGAGAGGAGUCAAUUUUAAUGUAUCUAAGGUUAAUAGUGUUGAAGAAUGCCAAAAAAGGUGCACUGAUAGCAUUCACUGCCAAUUUUUCACAUACGCCACGCAAACAUUCGCCAGUGCGGAGCACCGGAACAACUGUCUAUUAAAACACAGUCCAGGAGGAACACCCACCAGUAUAAAGGUGCUGGCUAAUGUGGCAUCUGGAUUCUCACUGAAGCCCUGUGCACUCUCACAAAUUGGUUGCCACAUGGACAUGUUCCAGCAUCUCGCAUUCUCAGACGUGGAUGUGGCCAGAGUUGCCACUCCGGAUGCUUUUGUGUGUCAAACCAUUUGCACCUAUAAUCCCAACUGCCUCUUCUUCACGUUCUAUACAAACGCGUGGAAUAUAGAAUCACGAAGAAAUGUUUGUUUCCUUAAGACUUCCCAAAGUGGGACACCGAGUUCCCCUACCCCUCGGGAAAACACCAUAUCUGGAUACAGUCUUUUAACCUGCAAACGAACUUUGCCUGAGCCUUGCCAUUCCAAAAUUUACUCAGGAGUUGAUUUCCAAGGGGAAGAAUUGAACGUGACCUUCGUUAAAGGAGCGAAUGCCUGCCAGGAGACUUGUACAAAGAUGGUUCGCUGUCAGUUUUUUACGUAUUCUUUACUCCCGGAAGACUGUAGAGGAGAGAAGUGUAAGUGUUCCUCACGACUGUCCUUGGAUGGCUCCCCAACUAGAAUUACACACGGGAGACAAGCGAGCUCUGGUUACUCCUUGAGGUUGUGUAAAAAUGAGGACAACUCUGUCUGUGGAACAAAAACAAACCCACGUGUGGUUGGAGGAACCAACUCUACUUGGGGGGAGUGGCCCUGGCAGGUGAGCCUGCAAACGAUGCUGACAACUCAGAACCACCUGUGUGGAGGGUCAAUCAUUGGACACCAGUGGGUCCUAACUGCUGCCCAUUGCUUUGAUGGGCUCCGCUUCUCGGCUGUUUGGCGCAUUUAUGGUGGCAUUUUACAUCUGUCAGAGAUAACAAAAGAAACGCCUUUCUCACAAAUAAAAGAGAUUAUUAUUCACCCAAAUUAUAAAAUCUCAGAAAAUGGUCAUGAUAUUGCCUUAAUAAAACUUAAGUUUCCUCUGAAUUAUACUGAAUCCCAAAAACCAAUCUGCCUACCUUUCAAAGAUGAUGCAAAUACAAUUUAUACCAACUGUUGGGUAACUGGAUGGGGCUACACAAAGGAAAAAGGUGAAAUUCAAAAUACCCUGCAAAAGGCAAAUAUUCCUUUGGUAACAAAUGAAGAAUGUCAAAAAAGGUAUAGAGAUCAUGAAAUAACCAAGCAGAUGAUCUGUGCUGGCUAUAAAGAAGGAGGAAAGGAUGCCUGUAAGGGGGAUUCAGGUGGUCCUUUAGUCUGUAAACACAACGGCAUAUGGCACCUGGUGGGCGUCACGAGUUGGGGUGAAGGCUGUGCCCGCAGAGAACAACCAGGGGUCUACACUAAAGUUGCUGAAUACAGGGACUGGAUUUUAGAGAAAACACAGAGCCAGGAUGGACAGUCUUUGAAGUCACGAGCAUGAAGAAGCUGUAUAGACGUGGGGAAGAGCUCAGUUGGUAGCCUAAGUUUUGCAAACUGGGUUCAAUUCAAAUACUGAACCUUGGGAUCCUCAUCUGUAAAAACGUGGAGAGUGGUAUGUCCCUCGCAUCCUUGUCAUAAGGAUAGAAUGAGAUCGUGCAUCCAAAGCUGCUGAGGGCAACGUCUUGCAAAGGCAUGCUGUCAGCCUUCGGUAACGAUGCUAAUCAUGGGAGAUAGCAACUGCACAUCUUCACAAUUGUUUGUUGUGAAAUAAAGAGUGUGAUUAAAAAGUGUUUUCUUCUGAUUGUAAAACAGGAUGGAAGAUAAGUGACUCCAGAUCCUGUGCAUGGGAUCAUUCUAAUCUUACUUCUUCCUCUGGAACUUGGUAUAUCUCAGAGAGAAUAAUUUCUUCUCUGUGCCUUACUUGCAUGCUCAUUAAAACUUCCUACUGCCUGCCUCACUUGGGGGGAAGAGCCAAUACGCUUGGGUUUUGUUCUGCCAAGUGGAAGGGAAGACACCUAUGUAACAUUCACAUUUCCAAGAAAGAGACGGCUUACCUGAACCUGGAGGAAUAGCAGUGUGACUUUUCAUUUUGGCCUCCCACCUCGGUUGCCCUGGCGGAGCUGCAGGGCUCCAGGCUGGCCAUGCAGAGGAGGCCUCUGGGGCUGAGGUCGUCUGAUUGCGGCUCAUCCCACAGCCUUCUUGGGGGGACAAGGGGCUUCAGUGCAUGGUGGGCUCUGCAGUAGUAAUUCAAGGAGCGUUGGUAGGUGUAAAGUAGUUCCUAAAAUUCAGUCUUGUAAAUUCAUGGCAGUAGGACAAAGCCCUGAAAUGAAUGAUAUAAAUCCUUAUACGACACAAAUUCCAAACUUGACGGUGAUUUUCACAACUGAUACCCGGUGGUUGGAUUUGGUUCGGUCAAGCUGACUUAACAUUUACACAGAAGUGACCAUUUACAAAAUAUUGUGUAAAUUAAGUAGAAAAACAGAAAAGAGAAGUUUCUAAAAGAGAUUGAGUUUUUCCUUCCUUAUUCAAAGACACACUGAGUGGCAGAAGGGGCUAAAGAUGGAGUGAGCUGAAGGAAGACCAUGAGGCCUGGGUUAUUCACAGACCACACAAUAGGAAACUGAAGAGUUAAGAGUUUAUUCCAGAAGUAAAUUCUCCAGAUUUUGUAAAAUCUGGCUGGAUUCCAUGAAAUGAUUAAAAGUAAACACAAUUUCAAC